AUGAAGAAAGCGUACGAUGUAAUAAUAGUUGGUGCUGGACAUAAUGGUCUUGUUACUUCGGCUUAUUUAGCUCGACAAGGUUUACGUGUACUUGUUUGUGAAAAACGAUCAGUUAUUGGUGGUGCUGCAUGCACAGAAGAAAUAGUAAAUAAUUUUAAAUUUUCUCGUGCAUCUUAUUUAUUAAGUUUAUUUCGUCAAAAAAUAAUUGAUGAUUUAAAUUUACGUGAACAUGGUUUAAAAUAUUAUUUUCGUGAUCCAAGUUCAUAUACACCAAUAAAAAAUCCAAUUAAUAAUAAUCAACGUUCAUUAUUAUUAUCAUCAUCAGAUAAUCAAUUUAAUAUGAAACAAAUUGCUCAAUUUUCAAAAAAAGAUGCAGAAAAUUAUCAUAUAUAUGAAGAAUGGUUAACAAAAAUAUGUCGAGCUAUUGAUGAACUUAUUUAUUCACCUCCACCUGAUCUUAAUCGAAUGAAUCAAAAAAAUAAAAUUUUAGAUCGUUUUCGUGCGUAUAAUUAUUCAAUGAAAAUUUUCUAUAAUUUAUUUAAAAACCUUGGUUUCAACGGUUCGGUGGAUUUAUAUCAAUUAUUAACUUCACCAGCAAGUCGAAUAUUAAAUAAAUGGUUUGAAUCAGAUGUUAUUAAAGCUACCUUAGCUACUGAUGGUCUUAUUGGUGCUAUGCUUGGUCCUCAUGAUAGUGGAACUGGUUAUAUUUUACUUCAUCAUGUCAUGGGCGGUUUAGAUGGACGACCUAAUGCUUGGUGUUAUGUUCAAGGUGGAAUGGGUGGUAUAAGUAAUGCUAUAGCAUCAUCAGCUCGUUCGCUAGGUGUUGAAAUACGUACAAAUUGUAAUGUUAAUCAUAUAGAUAUACGUAAUUCAAAAGUCGAAGGUAUUGUACUUGAUAAUGGUGAAGAAAUUAAAGGAAAAAUCGUUGCUUCAAAUGCAACAGCAUAUGUUACAUUUAAAAAUUUAAUUCUAAAUGAUAUUAUUAAAACAAAUAAAGAAUUAGAUGAAUUAAAAAAACAUAUUUUACAAAUGGAUUAUACAAGUGGAACAACAAAAAUAAAUCUUGCUCUAUCAGGAUUACCAAAUUUUCUUGCCAAUCCAAAUAAAAAUUAUAAUGAACUUGAACCUCAUCAUCAAUGUACAAUACAUAUGAAUAGUGAAUCACUGUCUAAUUUACAAAAUGCUUAUCUAGAAGCAUUAAAUGGAAAACCUAGUCAACAUCCAUUAAUUGAAAUGGUUGUUAUUCAAAAAUAA